AUGGGAAUCUGUUUAGACACAGAGCAUAGCGAUGAUUCCCAAACAUUCGAAGAAGGACACGAGUCGUGGACUCAAAAUACACCCCGAGCAGCUGCCAACGUUGCGACACCGCCAGCGGGAAAAUUUCCCAUGCAUAAUGGCUCCAAUAUACAAUUCGAAUCGCCCAAGGUUCCGGUCAUUUUCGUUCUUGGUGGUCCAGGAAGUGGUAAGGUAACCCAUUGUGAUAACUUGACGCAAGAAAAGAAAGGAGUCGUGCACAUCAACAUGACGGAUCUGUUACAGCAGUACGCUGUUGGAAACGAUAUGCCAGACUUUGGUCUCCUUUCCAGCAAAACAGUUACUGAAGUUCUUAUGUUAGAAAUGAAGAUGUCUCCGAACGCCAAAACUUACCUUGUAUCGGGCUAUCCACGAAAUAUGCGCGAUGUAGUGGAGUAUUCGGAAAAAAUUCAGACUGUCCAAGGCGUUAUCAUGAUAUCCUGGAGGCAAAAGGUUCUAGAAAGACAAAUAGAUUACGGUGCCAAAUUAGGUCAAGUUGUUUUAUCAUUAGCUCGUAUGGAAUUAAAUAAUUUUUACAAGAACGUCAUACCUGUAGCGGAAUACUUUGACCAAAGCAAUUUGUUAAUAUCGAUCAACGGCGAGCGAGUACCCAACGACGUUUACCAAGAUUUCAAAGCCGCUGUCAUUCGAAUUUUGGGCAUGCAGGACAAUCCACCGAUAUUCGCCAACGGCAAAGUGGCCCCUGUACCUGACGAUGUCGUCAAAACCGAACUUCCACAAGUAUCUAUGCCGUCGUCGAAUCAAAUACCACCGGCGAUUCCCCAAUCUGAGAAACUGGUUGGGUCCCCGGACAGGCCGAGAACUCGGGUAAUAUCCGUCAACCCGAACAACGGGAGCUUUCAAACGCCCACGAAAACCUACCCGCCCGUUUUGUGGGUGAUCGGAGGACCUGGAAGCAACAAGGCCAGUCUUUGCGCAGGCGUGGCGCGAGAUAUGGGUUGGGAGCACGUCAGUUUAGGGAAGAUGUUGAGGAACGUGGCCGACCAGCCGGACGCCAAGAAGAACAAGGAAACAGCCAAGUUAAGGGAUUGCAUCACCAACGGGGAAUUGGUGGCUCAAGACACCGUUUCGAAAUACGUGGAUGGGAUUAUGGCGAAUAACAUGGAGAAAGAGGGGCUUAUACUCGAUGGUUACCCGAGAGAUAUGGCUCAGAUUAAUGAAUUUGAGUCCAAAUUUAAACAAAAACCUGCUGUAAUUCUACUGGAUUGCUCAAAACUUCAAUUAGGAAGAGGCCGAUUAGACGAUAGUGUAACAGCAUUCAGGCGAAGGCUAGAAAUAUUCCGGCAAUCCUCGCUGCCCAUGCUUCGAGCAAUGGACAGCAUAGGAAGAUUAACCAUUGUGGACGGUGACACGGACACGGCGCCGGUCCAGCAGGACUUCAGGAACGUGGUCAAAGAGCACGUGGAUUACCUGAAAUCCCAAAGUCAGGAGAGCGCGCUGGCCGUUCGGAACGGCAACAUUCCCAACGGGCACGGCCUCCCGAACGGCCGGGUGCAGGAAAACGGGCAGUUGCAGGACGUCGACGACGAACCGAUCGACACCAUCAGCAAACGGGUCAGUAACGGAGUGAAUCACAUGUCGAACGGCGUCGGGAUGAACGGGCUGCACAAUUUCAAACCGGCGACGGAAAUCGAGGGACAUAUUUAA